UCAGAAGCCUAUUUAUUUUAGUUGAAUUAUGUCGUAUAAUUAGCGAGUUAUUAAUUAAUUGGUGAUGAGAGACACACGGUGUCAUUAUGGAGUAAGAUCGCUGAUUUGGGGUAUCCCCUAACCUUCGAUCGACAAGUAUGCGGUCUCCGACCGAUAUUCUCGUUUAACGUUCAUUGCAUUCUAUCGUUUUUUUGCCUCGUUUUUUUGCCGUAGACGAACUGUAUUUUAAGUACCACCAUGCGCGAACCACUAAAAUUUACAUAUUUUACUGCUUAUCUUUCUAUAAUACUAUAAUCUGAUUGUGGAGUCGUUAACGAUCGAAUGAAGAUAUUUCAGAAUUGCAUAGUUAGUCUCGUUAAUAGGUUGGGGAAAAUGCAGACAUCAUCAAAUUUCGACAUUGUUACGUUUUUUAUAUUUUACGUUUCUAUGUUUGGGUCAAAUUUCACCCACGAAAGGGCUGAUCAGAUGCAAAACAAAUUUAAUAUGUUGUAAGAAUAGGUCAAUGAAAAUAAAAGUCAUUUAUAUACAUAUGUAUAUAUAACGUUGAAAAGAAAACACUAAACGCGCAAAAUAAUUGAUUGAAUUAAUUAAAAACUAAUUUUAUGUAAUUAAAAAUAGCCUAAAAUAGAUCUUAACACAAUGCUUGUUAGAACCUACAGUCACGCAUCAGUGAAUCAAAAGUAUUUCUGUUUGCUGAAAAUAGUUGUAGUUAAAUGUUUGUUUACAAAGUACACAAUCUAUAGAUAUCAUAUAUGGACAUCAGCUAAAAUACUAAGACAAGAUUCUGAUUCAUGGUGACUAUAAAUUUCAGAUUAUAUACCGAGUAAGGCCAUAGUUUGAAAUCAGUUAUAUAAAUUCGUGAUUACUGAGUCAAAUUAAGAUGCCAUUAAAAUCACCUAAUGAGUGUUUUGACAUUCCUGAAGUAUCUCUGAGCAACUUUUUUCUGUCGUGUAUAGAAAAAUAUGGAGACGACACUGCCUUGAAACAGAUAGAAAACAACGUAGAAGGAAAGAGCCUCACUUUUAAACAGCUCUACAAACAAAUACAGUCGUGUGGGAGAUUUUUCCAGAAACAGAAAAUAAAUAAAGGAGAUGUUGUCAGCCUUGUGACACCCAAUUGCCUGGAACAUGUAGUAGCAAUGGUGGGAGUAAUAUCUUGUGGAGCAAUCAUAUCCCUCUAUAAUCCUGCAUACAAGGAAGGAGAAAUGCAACAUAUCUUCAAAAUCACAAAACCGAAAAUACUCAUCGUAUCGGAAAAGUGCAUAGAUACCGUAAAGCGAUCUCUUGAAAAUAGCCAGAGUAAUCAAGUUCAGAGAAUCAUAGUCAUUGGGAAAAGUAUUGAAUUUGAAACAUGGGAUGAAGUCAUUGUUUCAAGUAUGGAGAAUGAAGAAAACUGUGUAUCUACUUACGAAAUAUCACCAAAAAAGGAUCUGGCAUUUCUGCCCCACUCAAGUGGAACCACGGGAUUGUCAAAAUGUGUUAUGCAUACUCAUUUUAGCAUGAUUGCAACAAUAUCAUCAACUUGGCAUCACUUCGGCUACAAACGUGGAGAUACAUUUUAUAAUGAAAGACCCAUGUUUCACGUGGGUGGAUUUAUAUUGGUGUUGACAGCUUUGCAAGGAGGAGUGAGAGUCAUCAUGGACCACGAAUUCGACAUUGAAAGAGCUUUAGCUGCGAUACAGAAGUACGAGGUGAAUCAUUUUGUUCUGGUGCCACCCAUCCUGCUACAAAUGUCUCAGACAGAGUUGCACCGCAAAUAUGAUACGACAUCAUGGAAAACUUCAAUCACUGGAGGCGCAUCAAUUCCACCUACAGUGAUGAAAGCCGUCAUUGAUCGAUUCAGCCUUCAAGUUUAUCCAGUGUAUGGAAUGACGGAAUGUUUUCCAAUAUCUUGGAACAAUGAAGCCGAUUCUUUCACAGAUUCAGUUGGUUCGGUUUGUGUGAAUGCAGAAAUUAUGAUUAUUGAUCCAAAUACAGAAGAAGAAGUAAAAUCUGGUGAAGACGGUGAGAUUUGUGUCAGAGGCCCACAAAUGACUAGUGGAUAUUAUAAAAAUACGGAAGCAACAGAAAAAACAAUUAAAAAAGAUGGAUUCCUUCGCACAGGCGACAUAGGACAUAUUGCAAAUGACAUGCUUUACGUAGUUGGCCGAUUAAAAGAAGUUAUCAAAUACAACGCUUAUCAGGUGCCGCCUGCCGAAAUAGAAAAUCUUCUUCUAAGGCACCCGGGUGUUAAAGAUGUUGGAGUUGUUGGUGUUCCUGAUCCAGUUUGUGGAGAGCUACCGAAAGCGUUGGUUGUACGAAAAGUCGAAUCAGUCACAGCCGAGCAACUUGAGAAGCUUAUUAAAGACAAACUUGCCGAUUACAAACAGUUAAGAGGGGGUAUCCAAUUUGUCACCAAAAUACCAAAAUCUAAACUUGGGAAAAUUGACCGAAUAGAAUUGAAAAAAUUAGCAAUGAAAUAAGUAGACAACACAACUACUGCGGUAUUGUCUACUCUAUUCUAUUUUAUAUUUUAUACAUACAGGUUUGAAGUGCUUUAUUUUUUCUGCAGUUAUUAGUGCUACCUCUAAAUAAUCUAUUUCUGAUAAAAUCAUAAACUGAUAUCAAUUUUUUUUUUAAUUUUGUGUUAACACAAGGUGUAUUUGAAUUGAAAAUGAGUUAUGGAAUGCAGGUCUAAAUACAACUUGCGUCGUUGAUGUCAGUGUAAACUUUAGCGAUGUUAUCGUACAGUCUUAGUAUUAGCGUAAGUGAUAAAUUGACUCAAAGAACAGCCACAAGUACGCUAUAAUACAAAUUAAAACAAUAGGCAAUAUAUCGAUACAUCAAAAUACAGCUAUUCUUAGGGCUACCAAUCGUCCCGGAAUGGCCAUGACAGUCAAGGAAUUGGGGUCUAGCGUCUCGGGCUGGGCGUGUCGGCUUCGUUCAAAACUGUAAACGGAUGUAAUUCACGCAAAUAUAUUUUUCAUCAAAAACGAUUACAUGUAUGGUUCAUUCAAAUAGGAGUGAGUUUAAACUUGUGGAUAAGACAUGUUUUGUCGACCGUGACCUCCUGAUGACAUGCCACUAAAAUAUGCUGAAUAAUUGCAAAAUGAAUGAAAACAUUAUAUACAGCAGUCACCUUAAUUUGAGAGGAUCAAAAACUUGAUUCAGUGAGAUUUGUUAAAAAAUUUAGUCAAUAAAGUUGCGGCGUGUAACAAUA